AACAGACGCGUGGCAUGUGUAUUGUGAAAUGCAGCUGCGUAUCUGUGACUUGGGAGAAUCGUUUUAAUGCUUACAUUGAGGUAGUAUGUACUACGUAUUCUUCAGCGAAAAUCGUACUGUAUCUGUAUACCACAAUGUUGUGUAUGUUGACUAUCGGCAUAGAUGUUGGCCAAACUGCAAGGAACAAACGCAUAGUCGGCGCGCUGUUGAAUUUCAAGCAGUGGCCUGAGAUUGGGAAUUAGGUUAUGUCAAAAGGAAAACCGAUUCCGUUAUAUGCCUUUAGGCCUUAUGGUUGGAGUGAAGAACAAAGUCCUCUUCAUUGCCUCCUGUUUUACGAAAAUUAUUUGUUAAUUGGUAGUGGAGAUGGCCAGAUAUUCUGGUACGAUCUAAAAACUCUGAGACCAGAACGAUCAUAUUUGCCGAAUAUCCGCUCGCCUUGUCUACAGUUACUUCGUUCUGGAAGUUAUUUGAUCUCGCAAAGUAAAGCCGGCGAUGUCUCAAUGUGGAUCCAACGUGAGGGCGACUCUUGGAUCCGCAAAAAUAAGACUGACAUCAACCACACUGGAUUUUGCAGAAUAAAAGUUCUCGAGGUUGACGGUGUGUCACGUGCUGUAGGUUGUCCAGCCGGCCGAUCAGAGCUAGCCGUGUAUAGUGUAAGUGAAGGGAAGUUUACAGAGGUGUGUCAAUUGAAACUCCCGGAAACUGAAAGGACUGCAGCUGGGAUUGUGACGUGCUUCUCAGCCGCGGGACCUAAUAAGGUGGUGAGUUUGCACGAAGCUAAUGUGAUGCAUCUUUGGGAUAUCCGACAGCCUAGUGACCCCUGCCACAGCUUGAAACCAAUGGACAGACAUGAAGAAUGUGAGGGUAACUCUAUACCAGUGGCUGUAGACUUUGACAUCAAUAUGAAACGUGGUGUGUACACUGGAAUGACAGACGCACUGGGCACAUUCACAACAGAUGGACAGACACUGAAACACUUCGAGAUGAAGCACCCAAUGAAAAUGACAAAUAGAGGAGCUCUGAGUGUCGUCAUACAGCGAGUGGAAUUUGCAACCACGAAAAGCAGAAUUGUGGCCGUCGGCUGCUGUGACGGGACAGUGCGUGUGUACUCGUGGUCCACCGGCCGCCCACUUGCCAUCUUGCCACACGGUGACGGCAUAUCUUCUGUGCAGGACGUCACCUUCUCAGAGGGGCCCCUGGAGUCAUUGAAUUCGGAGAGCGUGAUUGUCGCUGCGGGAGCUGAUAGCUCCGUCUCGUUCUGGAGUUCGGACUUCACGAGGAAGACUUAGUGCUGCGUGAUCAUCCGGUGUGAAGAAUUUUUUGAUGCACCCCUCUCCUUAAAAAUACGUCUGCCCGGAUAUGUAAACGGGUGAGAUGAUGACCUAGAGCACGUCACCACACCAAGGGAGGUGAUGAGGGUGCCAGCUCACUCAUACCUGCCCAUGGAUCUCCAUGUAGAAUGCAAAGUUGUGCCGUUUUAACAGAAGCGAGGAUCACAAGUUGUAAUAUGUCAGGUGUGGAAUAUGGAAUACUCGUAGUGGAUGGUUAUGAAACUUCUGACUGUAGGACUCUGGCUGAGCUGCAGUUACAUUUGAGACCAGUAUCAGACAACUGAUAAAAGACUGGCAGGCAAAUGUUACAAUGGAUGCACAGUGAAUUGAUAAACAGAAUCCCAAAAAAUGAGAGCGUAUGUCAGAAUGGUUGUAAGUUUACUAUGGUCCUUGUAUGGGCAACAAGUGAAAUAAAUAAAAAUAUAAUAAUAACAAUAAUAAUAACUAUUACUUAUUUAACAUCAAAUAAUUGCAUGCAGUUGAUAAAAUAAUAGAAUUUCAGGGAAUGUAUUGGUUUACUCGUGCAAAUUUUAGAUGUACGGUGUCA